GACACACAGAGGGUCUAGGGUCUCUAAGAUAGACUGACUGGCAAACUAGCUGCUGCCAGUUGACCGCACUGUCUGUCUUAUUCAUCAUCAUCAUCAUCAUCAUCAUCAUCAUCAUCUAGUGGAUUACUGGCAAAAAAAAAGAUAAAGUCCCAUCUUCUUCCCUGGCAGUUAUUCUUGGGGUUUACUCGUAGCUUGUGGAGCGAGAACACCUCACCAUCGGAAUGGGUCGGCCGGUGUUGAGGAAUGUGUGGCUGCUGUGUUGUGCAGCAGCGUGCGUGUCUGGCGUGAGGAGAGAGUACUUCCUCAGGAUAGAGGAGGUGUCUUGGAACUACGCCCCGAGUGAGAUGAACGUCAUUCAAAACCGCACACUGCAGGAGGAUGAGGAAGCCUCAGUGUUUUUAAAGCGAGGCCCCCAGCGGAUCGGCUCCACCUACAAGAAGGCUGUUUACAAGCAGUACGCUGACGCCACCUACAGGAUAGAGGUGGCCAAGCCGGGCUGGAUGGGCUACCUGGGACCUCUGCUGAUGGCUGAGGAGGGCGACACGCUGAUCGUCCACCUGAAGAACAGCGCUUCCAGGCCUUACAGUAUCCACCCACAUGGGCUGAACUACAGCAAGGGCAAUGAGGGGGCCCUGUACCCGGAUGGCACGGGUCCAGAGCUGAAGCGUGAUGACUCAGUGGCUCCUGGUGCAACAGUGACGUAUGAGUGGACCCUCCCCGAGAGUCAUAGCCCGUCAUCAGACGAUAGCAACUGCAUGACCAGAUUCUACCACUCCCACAUCGUCACCCCGAAAGAUAUCAACUCAGGACUGAUAGGACCCCUUAUUGUCUGUAAGAGAGGAACUUUGGAUUUACAUGGCGACAGCUCAGGAGACUACCUGUACGCUCUGCUGUUCAUGGUGUCGGAUGAGAACUUCAGCUGGUACCUGGACGAGAACAUCAGGACGUACAUCAGCAAUCCCGCCAGAGACCUGAAGGAGGACGAGGAUUUCAUUGAGAGCAACAAGAUGCAUGGUAUAAACGGUUUCCUGUAUGGUAACCUGCCCGGACUGAGCAUGUGCCAAGGUAACACAAUCCACUGGCACAUGAUUGGCUUAGGGAACGAGGUGGACAUACAUUCAGUUCAUUUCCAUGGCCAGAUCCUGACCGUGCAGAACCACCAUACAGACACAGUCAGUCUUUUCCCAGCCUCCAGCACUACAGUGGAAAUGGUAGCGGAUAACCCCGGACACUGGCUGCUUACGUGCACUGUCAAUGACCACCUGACGGCUGGAAUGCAGGCUAUAUUUGAGAUCAAGAAGUGUUUCCCCAACGUCCACAAGCCCAGGCCUCACGGUGCACAGAGAGAGUUCUUCAUCGCUGCCGAGGAGGAGGUCUGGGACUAUGCUCCUGCACUGCCAACUGACAGUGAGGCGGACCUGUUCGUAACCAGAGGUCAAAACCGUAUUGGAAGCCGCUAUAAGAAGGUUCACUAUGUGGAAUACACCGACAACACCUUCGUUACAAAGAUGCUACGCAGCCCGCAGGAGCAACACCUUGGAAUUCUGGGUCCUGUGCUGCGAGCCGAAGAGAAGGACACUAUCAGGGUGGUGUUUAAGAACAAAGCCAGCCGGCCUUACUCUAUACAACCGCAUGGGGUUCAAUACAGUGUAGAACAGGAUGGGACCCUCUAUCACAAUGAAUUGGAAGAGUCUUAUACAGCGAAGAAACUGCGGGAGCUAAAGAGUCAACCAAGGGUGGUGACUCCUCCCCCAGCUGCUCUGGUCAGACCCGGGACGGUGCACACCUAUGAGUGGAUGGUGCCAGUGGGUGCCGGUCCAGUGCAGGGGGAGGCCGACUGUCUGACUUAUCUCUACUACUCGGGAGUGGACCCUGUUAAAGACACCAACUCCGGACUGGUCGGACCCCUCCUCGUCUGCCGAGAGGGAUCACUGAAGAGCGGCGCACAGAAAAACUAUGAUAAAGAGUUCCACCUCAUGGCCACAGUGUUUGAUGAGAACCUGAGCUGGUACCUGGAUGAAAACAUUAAGACCUUCACCACCGCUCCCACCACUGUUAACAAGGAGGACGAGGGCUUCAUGGAGAGCAACAAGAUGCAUGCAAUCAACGGGUUUGUGUAUAGGAACCUCCCCGGCCUGACCAUGUGUAAGGGGGACAAAGUGACGUGGCACCUGUCUGGACUGGGGUCAGAGACGGACAUCAACAGCCUUCACUUCCAGGGAAACCGGUUCCUCUAUCGCCAGAACAGACGGGACUCCAUCAGUGUUUUCCCCCACAUCUCACACACUGUCACCAUGGAGCCAGACAGCAUGGGUCAGUUUGAAGUGGUGUCCCCUACGGUGAACCAUUACCGUGGUGGAAUGAGAGCCAACUACAUGGUAGAGAAGUGCAGCAUCUUUCAGCGUCAGGGUGAGAUAAUGAUCCAUUCAAAAACAUACUACAUCGCUGCCAUGGAAACAGACUGGGACUACUCGCCGAACCGCACCUGGGAGGCCGAGAUGUUCCUCGGUCAGGAAAAUCCUGCUCCAGUCUUCCUGGACCAGCAGGGCGGAUUCAUAGGUUCCCGUUACAAGAAGGUGGUCUACCGCCAGUUCACCAACGACAAGUUCACCAAGCAGAUGGAGAGAGCAGCCGACAUGGAACACCUCGGCGUUAUCGGUCCAAUGAUUCAUGCCGAUGUAGGGGACAAAGUGAAGGUGGUUUUUAAGAACAUGGCAUCCAGGCCUUAUUCUAUCCAUGCCCAUGGGGUCAAGACAGACACCCCCGAUGUCCACCACACCAACCCAGGUGAGACUCACACCUACUACUGGUACGUUACAAAGAACACGGGACCGACCGCAGAGCAGGAGGCGUGCUCUGUGUCAGCCUACUCCUCCACUGUCGAUGUUGUCAAGGACCUCUACAGUGGGCUGAUUGGUCCGCUGGUGAUUUGUCGCCGAAGCUGGGCCCGGAGUUUUGGACUAAAGAAAGAAGUGGAAGAGUUUGCACUGCUUUUCAUGGUUUUUGAUGAGAACGAAAGCUGGUAUCUGGAUGAAAACAUCAAGACCCACAUCAGGAACCCUCGCACGAACUUGAAGGAUGAUGAAGCCUUCAUAGAGAGCAACAAGAUGCACGCCAUUAAUGGUUAUAUGUACGGUAACCUGAAUGGUCUGAACAUGGAGGUGGGCGAUAAGGUGUACUGGUACCUAAUAGGAAUGGGCAAUGAAGUGGACAUACACACAGCACACUGGCAUGGACACAGUGUGGAAUAUAAGCUGGGUGGACAGGCUCAUCGUUCUGACGUGUAUGAGCUGUUUCCAGCCACCUUCCAGACCGUAAAGAUGCGUCCUCAGUAUCCUGGUACUUGGCUGCUCCAUUGUCACGUCAUCGAUCACAUUAAAGCUGGCAUGGAAGCGAUAUAUACGGUCACCGAAAAAGCAAAGAAGGCGGGGAUCUUUGGCUGAACAGUGGAGGAAAACAUAUCCAUAUUGAAGAAAACAGCAAAAAACACCAGUUAAAACUUUAUUUCAGGUGCUAAUUCAAUAACAGUUCUCUUUGUAAAAUCAGCUUAACAUGGAGGAAUUACAUGUGCAUAUCAGAAACAGGGUAAGAAAUAUAAAGUCACCAUCCCAGAGUCAUUUUAUAUUAAAAUGUGAAUUUUCAUAAUUGUUCGACUGCCCUGAUAUUUUCCAAAUGACAGUGAAAACUGUAAUAUUACGUUGGAAAAAAUAAAGA